UGUAAUAUCCAUCUGUUUUGAUCAUUCACUGGAUCAUCUACUGUGAAGUAAUUUCUUGAAUAAAGGACUUAUUCGUUUUAGUCUGAUGAUGCAAUAAACUUUUAUGUUCGAACAACGAGUGCCUGUCUCAAUAACGAUAUCGUUCCCUUAAUUAUCGUGAUUUCCAAGGAUACAAAUUAUCUUCAUAAGACUGAGUUCCACAAGAGUCCAACUAUGAUAUGAAAAUUUACGUUCAAGUAGCAAAUCCCACCUUUCAUUAUUUCACCAUCGUUAAUAUCGCAAAACUCAAUUUCCAUAUAUACAACCCGUAAACUGGAACUCUCAUGGAUCUUUAUCUGAAACAUUUCACAACAAUUAAUCCCGAAGUUGACGCCGGGACGUGAAAAUGUUUCAACAUGUGAAACCAUUGCAGAACUAGAAACGUUUUCGACUUCUAAUUAUUGCCCGCCAUCCUGCGUUCCCAAUAUCGGCCUGUUUAAUCAGGUAAUCAUGAAAGUUACACGACAAAGGCUUUUAGAGCAUUUUGGAAAAUGCGUUAACCCGGUCUAGCGGUGCACGUCAACGUUGCAGCACUGUCCGCCAACCGGUAAGGUUCGCGCAUUAUCUCGCAGCGAGACGAACGUAUCAUUCGACUUUAUCAAGAAUUCUUCCAUCACUCGGUGGCUGUGUACAACUAUACCAGCGUAAAUAGCCGGCAGAGUUAGCCUCAGUUGUUUCUCGUGUCUGAGAACGCGAUACAACCAAUCCGUCUGUCAUCCGGACGUAGUGAAAGUGCUACUUAAAAUUCGAAAUGGAAGACAAGGUGCUUUACGCUCUGGUGGGCUUGUGGGACAAAAACGGUUGCAAAAUCAUCGCCGAUUAUCCUGCGGAUGAGGAUUUCACUUACCGAUCCAUCGUCCUGAGCACUGUCGACGGCAUAAGGAGUGUCGUGGAUGACAGGAUCAGCGUCGACAGGGACAAGUACGCGGUACACAUCCUGUUCAGCGAAUAUUGCUAUGCCUGUUUGACGUUGAAAGCAGAAACCACCUCGUCGAUGAUUGAGCUUGGAACUCGCUCCCAAGUAUUUUUACAAAAGCUGCGAAGUGUCUACAAGGAGUUGCCAAUGUUGAGGGAUUUGUCGAAGAAUCUGAUCAAUCGAGAGAACUUGGUUGAUUUCUCCAAACCGAUACAGAUAAUCACAGAUCACAAUCACCAGAAUAAUUCCAACCAAGUAAUCGCAAAACUGGAAGACGAAUUGGUCGAAGUUCGUCACGCGCUCAUGACUGCGGUCGAGAAGAUAGUUGAUAGGGGCCAGAAAUUAGAUGAUCUCGUCCGAAAGGCGGAAUUCCUUGAGAUUUCGGUGAGAAUGGCGUCAUUGCUGCGGUUCGCGAUCAACUCCGCCGAAUUGCAAAAGGCGAUUAAAGUUAGACACGAUUCGGCCGAAUCAUCGAGACGUCUGCACUUUAUAGCUGCUCGUAAGAUCCAGGCUUGGUUCCGUGGCAUCGCCACUCGCAAUCAUCUUCGUAAGCUCCACGAAAACGCGACGGUUUUGCAGCGUCAUUGGCGCGGUUAUCGCGCCAGGAUGUUCGUCAAUCGCUAUCUGGUCGAACGUGUUCAUCAGAUGUGGCAGGAUUAUUACAACAGCAUGGCCACGAGGAUCCAAGCCGUUUGGCGAGGCUACUGGACGAGAAAGACGCAAAUAAAUGUCUUGCAGUUGCGACAAUGGCGGAAAGACGUUUACGCGAAGAAUAACGAAACUUUGGAGAACAUGAAGAAGUACGUUCGCGUAUAUCCGUUGCUGGCACUCUUAAUGAUACAUUACAUCUUGAUAGAUUUCGGCAGAGGGAACUCGAUCACGCAGAAAACGCGACUGAGCAAGAAGCGAUGCACUGGAUCUUAUUCAUUUUGUUUAAAGUAAAGAUUCACACUUUUGUAUUAUUGAUACAUUGUGUUACGUCAUCAACGUAUUGCAAAAUUCACUCGUUGUGCUCUUUUCCUGAAGCUACAUCAUCUAUUGGGAACCAAAUGCCGGUCAGGUGUUAUCACGAAGAUUGAUAAAACUCGCUUUACUUAUAUCGAAGAAAUGUUAAAGUGUCUCGAAUACGAUCGAUAUGUUUCGAAAGCUAAAUCUGUUUGCGGAGGCUGUCGAAUCGAUCGCAAACGAUCUUUAAUACUUCGUGGCACUUAUUUUGAGAAAUGCGAAAAAGAGAUUCGAGAAUUCGAGAAGAGUUUGCGUGCCGGGAGUGUAUCCAUGUUCAGAAGUAUAAUUAAUUAGCGUAUUAAACGAUGAUUGCGUGUUAAUGAUUAUGACAAACCUAAUGUCAAAUUUUCUCUAUUUUUAUCUAGAUCAGCCUUUCGAUGCAAAUAAUAAAAGUAUUACUAAAAAUGAGCGCUUAGGCCGACAAAAGUACAAACAAGCUGGAAGAUGCUUGCAUCAAAAUCUUAUACAUAUGCAACCGAAUAAAUUAUAUGAAGCUAUCAACAAAAUGAACUGCCAAUUAGACCAGCUUCGUUUAAACUGUCCGGUGCACAAUCUCAUUUUUUGAAAUUCUGUACUGAGAGAUGUAGAGAAGAUACUCAAGUAUUCAGACUUUAACGUCACGCUUCUGAUCUCGACAACAACUUAUAACUUGACUUGUUAUAACUUUACAAUUAUAACAAUAUAAAUACAUUCUUCUCAGAAAUGUUUCAAUUUAUUGGAUUGCACAUCUAUACAAGAAAAUCACCAAUAAUAACGAAACUCGUAUUGUUCGAAAUAAUCAGUUAUUAUUUCUAUCAUCGUUUGCAAAAUUACAAAA